AUGGCAGCUGAGGGAACGUCGAAGAAGAUGAUAGCGACCCAGGCAGAGAUGGUGGAGGCUCGGGUGCCGCUGCCCUACAGAGAUCAGUGCGCCCACUUGCUCAUCCCUCUGAACAAGUGCAGGCAGGCUGAGUUCUACCUCCCAUGGAAGUGUGAGAACGAACGCCACUCGUACGAGAAGUGCGAGUACGAACUCGUUAUGGAGAGAAUGCUCCAGAUGCAGAAGAUCCGUGAAGAAGAGGCCAAGUUAAAGCAGACCAAGAAGAAGGGACAGUCAAUUCCUCUCAUUCCAAACACUGCCAACGCAUAG